GCACGCAGCUUCAUCCCGUCCCCGCCCUUUCUCUUCCCGGUUUCCCUGUCAGCCUGCGGGUCGGGUCUGGCGGCUGUUUCCGGUAGGAGCGCGGUGCAGGGCGAGUCGGUGUCUGCUCCUCGUCAUGUCCUACGGUCCCUUAGACAUGUACCGGAACCCGGGGGCCUCGGGGCCCCCGCUCCGGGACUUCAACAGCAUCAUCCAGACGUGCAGCGGCAACAUCCAGCGGAUCAGCCAAGCCACCGCUCAGAUAAAGAACUUGAUGAGCCAACUAGGAACUAAGCAGGAUUCAAGCAAGCUACAGGAAAAUCUGCAACAGUUACAACACUCUACAAAUCAGCUUGCCAAGGAAACAAAUGAAUUACUGAAGGAACUGGGAUCCUUGCCCCUUCCUUUAUCUACUUCAGAACAGCGCCAGCAGAAACUUCAGAAGGAACGUCUCAUGAAUGACUUCUCUGCAGCCUUAAACAGUUUCCAGGCUGUGCAGAGAAGGGUGUCUGAAAAGGAGAAGGAGAGCAUUGCCCGAGCAAGAGCUGGAUCUCGUCUUUCUGCGGAGGAGAGGCAGAGAGAGGAACAGCUCGUCUCCUUUGACAGCCAUGAGGAGUGGAACCAGAUGCAGAGACAGGAGGAUGAGGUGGCCAUCACCGAACAGGACCUGGAGCUUAUUAAGGAGAGGGAGACGGCAAUUCGGCAGCUGGAGGCUGAUAUUUUGGAUGUCAAUCAGAUAUUUAAAGAUUUGGCCAUGAUGAUCCACGACCAAGGUGAUCUCAUUGACAGCAUAGAAGCCAACGUGGAAAGCUCAGAGGUGCAUGUAGAAAGAGCCACUGACCAGCUACAGCGAGCUGCUUACUAUCAGAAAAAAUCUCGCAAGAAGAUCUGUAUCCUGGUGCUUGUCCUGACAGUGAUUAUUGUAAUCUUGGGAUUUAUUUUGUGGAUAGUUAAUAAAUGAAGUGAUUGCCUCCAGCCUUCUCCCGCUGAGCUGUUUUCAAGGGCAAGUGCUUGUUGGAGUCUUGCCAGAACAAACUGAUCAUAAGAAGAGAGAAUACAGCAGAAUGUCUUGUAAUAAUUUAGUUAGAAACUAACUAACUAGUCCUUGGAAUUAGUGACCUAUGGAGACAGUAUUUAUCAGUUUGUGUAUACAUUUUAUUGAUUUCUCAAAUUAAGAAUUAAUUUAUGUGGAUUUUCUUUUCUCUUGUAUUCUGAUUGCUCAUCAUCCCAAGUGUUUACUGAAAAUUCCAUUCUAGAUAUUCUUGUUUUAGUAGGUUAACACUACAGUCUUGUAAUAUUGUCUUUUUAUGUAUAUACAAGAUUUACCUUUUUACUAGCAACUGGGAUAGAAUUACUUUCUGUCACCCAGCACAUUGGAGUUUGUCAGAAACUGUAUAAUAAGCCAGCAGUUUUUAUUAUUUAACAUUGUAAUUUGAAUUUCUAAGAAGCCUGUUCCCUAUAUGCUUUGAAAAAUUUUGGCAAUGUAUUUAACUAGAGAGUGAAAAAUUGCACAUGUGAUCCAGAUUAAAUGAGAAGUAAUGAUUUGAGCUGGCCAGCUACUGGGGAUAUGUGUUCAUCUAGGUUUAAAGUUUAUUACUUGUUAGUGUCAUUGACUGCAGUUCAUCCAUAUAUACGCUAAACCAUCUUGUCCACUUUUUGAAGAGGUUAAUUUAAUUAACAUUACGAUGCUCUGUGGCGUUCCUCUCCCACCUGUCUGUAUAGAAUGGGAGAAUUAGACAAAGCAUGCUUUUGGAAAGCAAAUAGGAAUUGUUUGGAAUGAUUUAGUCUUUUGUUGUUGUUGCUCAGUUGUGGUUCUACAUUCCUGGUAAAUGAUGACUGUUGCCAUCAAAAGGCUGCCCCCUACCCUAAUAAGGUUUGCUGGGCAUAUGGUGGCAGGGAAAUUUUAAAAGCUAGACUGAAGUUGGUUUAAAAUUUAGUCCUGUGAACUGGCAAGAAAGCAAAGAAAAGUUUCUUUUUUUGUAAAUAAUAUUGGUUUGGAAUAGUGAUGUUAGAAUUACCCUAAUUUAUGAACAAGAGGUUAUUCUCUCCAUGCAUAGUUUUAGACACACAAAAAAUGUUUCAAUAAAAGAUUGCUGUCUUGUAAUAUAAA